AUGUCUACUGAAGCUCCAGUUCUCGGUAUCAUCAUUGGCGGCGCCCCAGCUCCAGGUCUUAAUGGUGUUAUUGCCUCUGCUACAUUCUAUGCUCGUCAGCUUGGCUGGAAAGUCAUUGGUUUCCACGAUGGAUAUUUACAUCUUGCCACUGGCUCAUUAGAAGAAGUUAAGGCUAACACACUUGAACUUAACGAGGACUUUGUUGCACCACACCUCUCAACAGGUGGCUCAAUCAUUCGCCCACACAGAUAUGAUCCAACAAAGUCAAACAAGGAAAUUCACAAUGUCCUUAGAAAUCUUAAGGAAUUCCACAUUCGCUACCUCAUCAUCAUUGGUGGCAAUGAUAAAAUCGCUACAACACAUAUCAUUACAUCUGGCCUUGAUCCAGCUCAGAUGCAAGUUAUUGCUAUUCCAAAGACAAUCGAUAACGACAUUUCACUUCCUUACAACACCGAUACAUUCGGCUUCCAUUCUGCUCGCAAGUUCUGCUCAGAACUUGUUAUGAACCUUGCUGUUGAUGCCCGCUCUGCUCCACGUUGGUUCAUCAUCGAGACAAUGGGUCGCCGCUCCGGCCACCUUGCUCUCUCCGUUUCUGAGGCUACAGCUGCCCAUCUUUGCAUCAUCCCAGAAGAUUUCAAGGGCAGACAAGUCACACUUAAGGAGAUCUGCGACGUCUUCGAGGGCGCAAUCCUUAAGCGUUAUCUUGCUGGAAAACCAUACGGUGUUUGCAUCAUCACAGAAGGUUUGAUCCAUUACCUUCCAAAGGAGGAGAUCGAAUCCCUCUUCAAGGAUGGCAUCGUCCAGUACACAGCUGAAGGCCAGCUCAACCUCGAUGAGGCUGAAAUUUCCCGCGCCAUCAGAAACGAGAUGAACAACAGACUUUCCAAGAUGGGACUCGACGUCAGAGUCAAUCCAAAGAAGAUCGGUUACGAACUUCGUUGCAUGGACCCAAUCUCUGCAGAUAUGUGCUACACAAGAGAACUCGGCGCUGCUGCAAUCGAAGGAUUCCUCAACAACCACUCCAACGUCAUGGUCGUUUGGGAGAAUGGUAACGCUACAUACGUUUCAUUCCGCUCUCUCAUGAACGAGGAAGACGGACAGAUCUACCCAAGACUCGUCGACACAAAGUCACAGAACUACCGCAUUUCACGCGAAUACGGCUGGCAGGUCAAGAAGUGCGACCUCGACGACACUGAGAAGGUCGAGAAACUCGCAAAGAUUGCAAAGAUCACUCCUGAGGAAUUCCACAAGAAGUUCGACCCAAUUAUGGAUGAUCCAGCUAAAUACUAA